CUUCGUUCGCCACACCGGACCCUCCUGAAAGUCGUUAUUUCUCAGAGCGUGGAAGCGCGCGCGAACGGACCGUUGCAGCCGUUGAGCUCUGGGAGGCGACCGCGAGUUCCCUCUGAGGGAGCGCAGCAAGCGAGGGAGAAAGAGAUACUUUUACCUUUCCCUCUCUCUCUCCCUCCUCCCCCCUUUUACCCACCAUGCUCCGAGUCCGGACUCUCAGCCUCUGCCGUCGCCGCCGUUUGGGCUCCGCUCGCCGCCGCCGCCUCGCUCCGCGUGCCUUUCUUUCGACGAAGAUGAGCGAGGCAAAGCCGGGAGGAAAGAGAAGCUGACGGCCUCCCAGCUUUUCCCGCGCGACCACCAUGAGGGAAGAGAAAGAAGCCUCCCCCUCCUGCUCCCCCCUCGCUCCUCACAGGCAUAACAACAAACUUGCCAGCCCGCCUCCUUCUGCCCCGGCCGGCGCGGAGCCCAGCCUGAGGAACGGCUACGUGAAGGGCCACGCCACCCCGCUGCCGCAGAGCCCGCCGCUCGCCUCUGUCUCGCUGCUCCGGGCCGCUUGCCCGCGGGGCUCCCUCUCCGUGGGGCUGGGCGCCCUGGCUGCCGCUUCGGCGGCGCUGCUGCUCUCGUGCUGGCUCGCCUGGAGCGAGGGCGAGAGGAAGGCGGCGGCCGCGGCUCCGGGGGCGCUGCUGUUGCCGCUGGCGGGACUGGGCCAGUGCCUGAGCCCGCUCUUCACCCUCGCCUGCGCUUUCUUCUUCCUCACCUGCUACCUGGCCCGGGACGAGCCCGGCGGCCCCCGGUGGCUCCUGGCGCUGCCGCUGUGCUGCCAAGCGGGGGACUUGGCGGCGCUGCUCUUCCCCUGCCGAGAGGAGGCGGCCCCCGACCCCCCGACUGCCCAACUGCAGGUGCUGGCGGGCCGGCUGCUGGCCACGCUGAGCACAGUGGCCGGGCUGACCCUCGCGCAGCGCAGCCUCGGGCACCGCAGGAGACUCCUGCUCCUGGCUUUCUCCGCCCUCGUGUGGCUGCUGUCGCUCUCCAGCCUGGGCUCUCUGGCCCCGGCCCUUAGGCCCCUGCUGUCCGGCGCCGUCGGAGUGGCGGGGUGCCUGCUGGCGCUGCUGGGCGGACCGCACUGCGCCUUCGCCUCCUGCUGCUGUUGCUCGCCCGGGCGGGAGCCCCAGCCGCACCACCAGCCCCAGCCGUCGCCGCACGACCACCGCCAGUCUCCUUACCCCAAGUCGCCGAGCGGCGCAGCAGAGGAAAAAGUGCCCGUGAUCCGACCCCGGAGGAGAUCCAGCUGCGUGUCUUUGGGGGAGACGUCCACCAGUUAUGGGAGCUGCAAAAUGUUCAGGAGACCCUCGUUGCCUUGCAUUUCCAGAGAACAGAUGAUCCUUUGGGACUGGGACUUAAAGCAGUGGUAUAAACCUCAUUAUCAGAAUGCUUGCAGUGGAACCGGAGUUGAUUUUUCAGUACUAAAUGAGACUCGCAACAUGAUGACUGACCUUCUGAAUGAUCCAGUCCUUCCUCCACAUGUGAUUUCUUCCCUCCGAAACAUCAAUAGCUUGAUAAGCGCUUUUGCAGGCUCAUGCAGGCCAAAGGCUAACAUGUUUACCCCCUUUCCGGGCUUUUAUCCCUGUCCAGAAAUGGAAGACUCAUCUGAAAGAGGGGACCGUAAACUGCAUAAGGGGCUAAACAGCCGAAAUAGCUUACCAACACCACAGUUAAGGCGGAGUUCAGGAACUUUGGUCUCACUGCCCAUGGAACCAUCUUCUAGGUGGGAACGCAAUAAUGGCAAAAGAUUGCAUCAUGAGUAUAAUUCUUCAAGUCAAGGAUCUUAUCCAAAUGGGCCUUUCAACAUGAACCUGUUGACAAUACCAAAACAAAGAUCAUCUUCAGUGACCCUGACUCAUAAUACAGGCUCCAGACGAGCUGGAACUUCUCCAAAUCUAAGUCCUGUGGCCUCAUCAAGUAAUGGAUUUCUGUCAAGUGUGUACCACCGGUCACCUGUAGAAUUUCCUGAUACCGCUGAUUUCCUUUCUAAGUCAAGUGUUAAUAUGCAUAAAUCUGUGGGAUGCACAGUUAGUUCUUCAGAUUAUCAGCAACAACUUAGAACAUCUUCACAUUAUACAUGUAGUAGUUGCGGACGACAGAUAUUCAAGUCUGUUGCAGCCUCAUUAUCUGAAUCUGCUACAGAACAUCAGAGUAAAAAAUCAGGUGAAGAUGCAAAUAAUUAUAUUUCAAAAGACUCUGCUCACCUUAUAGAGAAAAAGCAGGAUGAUACAGAAAAUCACAGUCAUCAAAUGGAUCAAACUAAUAUGGAGAAAGCUCCUUCAUUAGAACUGAUUCUAACAGAAGACCAUGAUUCAUUAAUGGAGAAGAUGAACAACUGGAAUUUCCAAAUAUUUGAUCUUGUUGAAAAAAUGGGAGACAAAUCUGGAAGAAUCCUUAGUCAGGUUGCAUUCACAUUGUUUCAAGACACUGGUUUAUUCGAAAUUUUCAAAAUUCCAACUCGGCAAUUCAUGAACUACUUUCAGGCACUAGAAAAUGGUUAUCGAGACAUUCCCUAUCACAAUCGAAUACAUGCAACAGAUGUUCUUCAUGCUGUUUGGUAUCUUACAACAAGACCAAUUCCUGGAUUUCAGCAACUAUAUAGUGAUUCUAUAACUGGAGCGGACAUUGAUACAGAAGAUGAUAUUUCAGCUGACCGAGUUGCCUUUAUUUCCUCCAGGAGUUGUGCUAUGGUUGAUGAAAAUUAUGGAUGCUUAGCCUCAAAUAUUCCAGCCUUAGAAUUAAUGGCUCUUUACAUUGCAGCAGCUAUGCAUGAUUAUGAUCAUCCUGGCCGUACAAAUGCUUUUCUGGUAGCUACAAAUGCUCCUCAGGCUGUGCUGUACAACGACAGAUCAGUUCUGGAAAAUCAUCAUGCUGCGUCUGCCUGGAGCCUCUUCUUAUCUCUGCCAGAAUAUAACUUUUUGCCUAAUCUUGAUCAUGUACAAUUCAAGCGAUUGCGAUUUUUAGUGAUUGAAGCAAUUCUUGCUACAGAUCUUAAGAAACAUUUCGAUUUUCUUGCUGAAUUUAAUGCCAAGGCUAAUGAUGUAAACAGUCAUGGUAUAGAAUGGAGUAAUGAGAGUGACCGUUUAUUAGUGUGUCAGAUAUGCAUCAAGCUUGCAGAUAUCAAUGGUCCAGCAAAAGUUAGAGAUCUGCACUUGAAAUGGACAGAGGGCAUUGUCAAUGAAUUUUAUGAGCAGGGAGAUGAAGAGGCAAGUCUGGGAUUACCCAUUAGCCCUUUUAUGGAUAGACGUUCUCCUCAACUUGCAAAACUACAAGAAUCUUUUAUUACUCAUAUUGUUGGUCCUCUCUGUAACUCUUACGAUGCAGCUGGCUUGCUUCCAGGCCAGUGGAUUGAUCAAAAAGAUGAUGAUAUGGAAAGCUCUGAAGAUUAUGAUGAAGAAGAGUUGGACAGUGAAGACGAUGAGAUGGAAGAUUUAAGCACAAAACUACAGAGAAGAAAAAGCAGGCAGCGAAUAUUUUGUCAGCUGAUACACCAUUUGAAUGAAAAUCAUAAAGUAUGGAAGAAAGUAGUUGAAGAAGAAGAACUAAAUAAACCAGAAGAGAGUAAACAGUCAGAGAACACAUCCUUAUGUCAAGCAGAUGAAAUUCAGGUUAUUGAAGAAGCAGAUGAAGAAGAGGAACGACAUCAAGGAGCAGAAAAAACAUUUUAAGAAGCCUUCAGAAUGAUGUACAGUACUGCUCCAGAAAUAAUGUAUUAUUUCACAUAAUGCUGACUGACACAGUGAACAUAACUGUAAGAGAGAUUUGAAUACUGUGAAAGGACAUAUUUUCUCUUAACAGUAUCCCACUCCUAUGCACUUUUACCACAUGGAAUUUGAAAACUUUAUUCAAAGGUUGAAUAUUGCAUUCCAUAAUGCAAAGAUCUUAUGCACAAGUUGGUGUUCAAAUACCUUGUUUUGCUGUCUUUCUGAAAACAGCUUCUUAAUAUUAAAGUAUAUACCAUUUUUGAGAAAAAAAAUUUAGCUGCCUUAUUUUACAAAGUCACCAGAAGUAUUUUGUUUAUACGACCUACCAGUAAUUGGGCUUAAUACCAAUACAUGUUUUGGAAUUUGUAUUUUAUUUUUAAUGUGGAUUCAAAAAUCACUGUUUCUUAUCUGUCAGUAUGAAUGUUACAGUUUACACCUGUUUGAUUUGCAAUUGUUUUAUUAAUUAAGUUUUCUUGGAUUGAUUUAACCAUUAGAUGACUGCAACCAGAAUAGAUUAAUUCUGGAUUUUGUGGUUAAAAUUUAAUCCCAUGUGCAUCAAUUUGAUGCUUUUUACUGUGGUGCACAACCUGCCAUUUUAUUUUAUUUUGAAAAUGUUCAGGUUUGCAGUGAAUAUCCAGGCUAGUUUGCUAAAUAAACACCUGUUGCCUUGUUUUCAUUGUUCUGUAAUAGAACACAAAAGCUAUCUCACUUUUGAUAAUGAAGGGACUGUAUUCUUUUAGUCAAUAAUAUUAUAAAUAUGUUCCACUCUUACUCAGGAUUCAUGUUUAGAAACAUGACACAACAGAUUUUAUAUUUACAAUAUUGUGCUAAUGCUAGGUGUUCAUUUAAAAAAGAGAGUCUACUUUUUCUUUGUAUGUAAACCUUUGAAGAAUUAAAAGAUGGUUUUCUAUAAACAA